UAAGUCUUGAUCAUGAAGAUUUAAUAGCUGUUCGAAAAAAGCAACAGAGUAAUAUGGAUGAAGAAACCAAAAAAGAGCUUGGUAAAACGGCCACUAAAGCUAUUUUAAAAGAAUUUGUUAAAAAAAAAUAA